CGCCCCUUCCCAGCCGCUCACCCCGCCUGUCCCGCUCGCCGUGGCCGAUGACCCACACUCGCGCCCCCUCCCCAACCCUUCCUGCCCCCUCGCGCCGCCACCCUACUGGCCUCGCCUCUUCCCCCCUUUCUCCUCCAGCGUCUUCUCCCCAUCUGCUCCGCUCCACCUCUCCGCGGACGCGCCCAAGUCCGAGCGCGCCAUGUUCGCCGGCCCGCGCACGCGCCUACACCGGCUCUGCUUCGUCCAGCCCGCGCCGUGCUGGGUCACCUCCUCCUGCGCCACGCGGGCUCCGCUACUCCCGACCGUGCCCCUGCGCAUGCCCCUGCAGCGGCUGCGCUCCCACGAGCCGCCCCCAGUGCCCCCCGCUCGGUCGCCGGCUCCCUCCGUCCGGCUCCGCUUCUGCCCAUGCCCCGGCCAGCUCCGCCUAUGCCUUGUGCAACAUCGAUCUCCCCGAGUUCUCUUUCGCUGGUGGGGGAGCUGUUGGCGACGAUCUGGAUGAGCGAGAGUUCAGCAACAGGGGAGGGGUGAAUCAACGGCGGCAGCAGAGAGGGUGGAGAGAAUUGCAAGAGCCUAGGCGCCCAUCACCAUGGCUUUCUCGUUAUUCGCGUGCCACCAUCGCGGUCAUUAUUGGAGCUUUGAAAAGGUUCAUGGGUCAGGCGACGCACAUGGGGGUGUCUGCUAAGCAUGCCACUGGGUGGGUGACGAAGUGAUGCAGUCAAUGGGAACCAGCAACGGCAGAGCCCC